GCGCGGCAGGGCGUUCAUGGGGGAAGCCGAGCGUGGCUGGUGAUUUAACUUUUGUUGUUUUAUGGCAGAGGCUGUGCAGCGUCGGGUUAUGCUUCGAUUUACCCUCUGACUGCGAUCAGUCUCUGCUGCCCACACGCUGCUGAUUCUCUGCCGGGCAUUCUCAGUCGUCUCCGGAGACACCAUGGCUAGAGGGAAGAAAAUGUCCAAGGCCAGCGACGGAAGAAGCGGGGACGCACCGGAAACCUGUCGAACCGGUGGAACCAAUGAGAACAAGCCGAAAAUGAACGGGGAUCUUUGUCAGUUAAAAAUCGACUCUUUUGUGAGCCCUAUUAAAUCGUCCUGUGCACGCCCGCCUCUGCAAGAAGAAAACUCCACUCUACACCAUGAGGGCAAAGCUCUGGGGAAAACCUCUUCAGAUGUUCACAGGAAAACAGAAGAAUCUGGUCCUAACCAGAAACCCACAGGAACAGACACACAGAAGAAGUUGCCUCCCGCUGACAGGAACGCUGAGCCUCAGAAGGUGGGCAAAACAAAACGCCACAGAAGGAAAGUACAAGGAACAAAAUCUCCUAACAGAAAGGUUACAGAUUAUUUCCCUGUUAGACGAAGCUGUAGGAAAUGCAAAAAGGAUCUUGAGUCUGAAGAAAAACAGAGAAUAGAUGAGCUGAUUAAAAGUGGCAAAGAAGAGGGAUUGAAGGUUGAUAUGACUCCUGGCAAAGGUAGAGGGGUGAUUGCAACUCGGAAUUUCUUACGUGGGGAGUUUGUGGUAGAAUACCAUGGGGACCUGCUAGAGAUCACAGCUGCCAAAGAACGAGAAGUAUCUUAUGCUGAAGAGUCAUCCGUUGGCUGCUACAUGUACUACUUUCAGUUUCUGAACAAAACCUACUGUGUUGAUGCCACAAAAGAAAGCAAACGUCUUGGGAGGCUGAUAAAUCAUAGCAAAGCUGGAAAUUGCCAUACAAAACUUCACAGUAUAAACGAUGUACCUCACCUAAUAUUGAUUGCAUCAAGGGACAUAGAAGCAGGGGAGGAACUGUUGUAUGACUAUGGAGAUCGAAGCAAGUCUUCCAUUGAAGCACAUCCAUGGCUUAAACACUGACUGUCAUAUGGAUUCACUGAAUUUUCACCUUUUUCCUGUGAACUGACUUGGUUUUAAAACCUUUCCCUCGUUUCCUUCCAUUAGCACAUGCACAGAUCACUUGAAUUUAAAUGUAGGCUAUUUUUAUAUUCCAUUCUUCUGUGUUUUACAUAGAGGCAAGUCUGUGCUUCCCAAGUAUCUAGCAGAAUUAUAGGCAUCAUUUUAUCUUCUCCUUCCCCCUCGGUACUACACUAUCUCUUGUUCUUCCAGAGUAGUUAAUGAUGGGAAGUCCAAUUCCAUUUAGAUCCCUUUCAUAUAAUUAUUAGCAGUAAGUAUAUGGAUAUGCAGCAAUCCUUAUUGUAUGAUAGUGGCCCACUCUGUUCCUGUUUACAGGGGGUUAAGGCCAUGUACUGGACACUGAUUUUUAUUCUUGCCACAUACUUUGCGUAUAAUGGAGAAGGAAAUGUUUCAUGGGUCAAUAUUGUCUAAAUCUCAAAGAGAUCACAACUCCAUUCAUAGCUACUAGUCACUCCUGUAGAAUAAGGUGCAGACGCCCUGUAAGUUCCUUUUCUUUAGCUGUAGUUUUCAGCAUGUGGAAGCUGCAUCUCUAAGCUCCGCCUCCAGCUGUUCCAACAUCUCAAAAGUCCUAGGUUGCAUUCCCCUAUAUUAAGUGGCAUUCCAAACCCCCCCCCCCCCCUUUUUUUUCUUCUCCUUUACCCUCCCCUUGCAGUAUUCUUCUGAAACUGUUUUUGUGUGCUGUUCCCUGUGAAACUACUUUUUAAACUUCAGUCAAUAUACUAUGAAAUCUAAGCUUUUCCAUCUGUGAGAUUGAACCGCAAUGGUUUAUCUGUCUAUAUAGCAGAAACUGUGGGAAAGUAGCACCUUUUUAGCAUAAUAUAAAUUUUAAAUGCCAUUCUGUACCCUGCCAUGACCGUUCCGGUCUAAAAAUGUGUUGUAUAAAUAGUGUUGAAGUAGAUUCAUGAACAUAGUCCAGAAUGACAUACAUUUUGUUACUGUAAAAGUCCAGAUUGCUCUGGUGAGGCUUUUUUAUGCAGUGAGUGUAAAAUAUCAUGUGAAGACUUUUUUUUUUUUUUUUUUUUGUAUCAAAAGAAUGAGGAUUCUGUGGAAUAAAUAUUUAUUAGUAAAAAAUAAAAUUGCAAGCACUGCUA